GGGGAGGGGCCCUGGGAUCACGCCGACGCCCACAAGGACUCCACCAAUCAGCUUCUGCGCUUCGCCGAGCUCAUCAGCAGCGACGUGCAGCGCUACUUUGGGCGGAGUCAGGAGGCGGGCGGCUGUGACAUCUACGGGUCGGAGGCCGGCGUCGGGCGUUACCACGGUAACCGGCGUUACCACGAUGACGACCUGGCCCAGGAGGCUCAGAUGCAGGAGGAGGGGGAGGACCCGGGGGAGGAGCCUAGUGGCUUGGGCCCACUGGCCGAUCUUUUCCAGCAGGAGCAGAAGAGUGGGCGGGGUUUACCCAUGAGUCAGCGCCGACUACCAAUCAGCUUUUGGACAGAGCCCAGCCCCAACGCUCUAGUGAGCAUGCUCAGUAGCUCCUGUGCUCCAGUGAGCAUGCUCAGUAGCUCCACCACCCUUGUGAGCAUGCUCAGUAACUCCAGAAGCUCUAGUAGUCCAGUGAGCAUGCUCAGUAGCCCCAGCACAUCAGUGAGCAUGCUCAGUAGCAGCAGUACUGCAGUGAGCAUGCUCAGUAGCAGCAGUACUCCAGUGAGCAUGCUCACUAACCCCAGCACAUCAGUGAGCAUGCUCAGUAGCAGCAGUACUCCAGUGAGCAUGCUCAGUAGCAACGGUACUGCAGUGAGCAUGCUCAGUAGCAGCAGCACUCCAGACUUUAGCGAUCUGCUAGCACACUGGGCCUCAGACAGAGACAAUAACAAUGACUUUUCACACAGCGAAUACCAGCUCCCAUAA